UUAUCGGUUAUUAAGUUGAAAGCCCUUAAGUAACAAUACUUCAUCUUCAUCUUGGGUUCCUUAUGUUAUGUCUGAAUGUUUCUGUAUUAAUAAUUUUGUCUUCCAUUCUAUAUGUUAAUGUGAAGAUUUUUGUUUUUAUCUUGUUCGUCUAAUACACAUUUACUUUGUGAUUCAGCUACAAGAACAAAAUAAUUUUGAUGAUUCAUUGACUAUGUCAUUUAAAAAAAUAUUUUUUUUAGAAGAAAUUGAAAAAUUCGUAAUAAGAAAAGGCUUUUACUAGCUAUACAUAAGUUCAAGUAGAUUCAAAGUUGUGGGUGAUCGAAAUUGGUCCGAUUCAGAACCGGUGCAUCUUCUAUGCUUUGUAAACUUUCAGGGACAUCCUUCUGUAUGUCUUUUAAUCCGAAGGACACCAAGUAUAACACACAUGAGAUUUUAAAACAUCUACCAUCCGCGAUUUUGCAAAACUAAAAUCAUCACUUGAACACUAUAACAAAUAUAUAAAGGUGGAAUGAUGCGCUAAAAUGAACAGCGAUGGUAUUAUUUCAUGUUACGGCUCCAAUAUUACUAGGCCAGCUUUUAAUUCAAUUUACUCUAACAUGCAAACACAGAAACAAAAUUUAAAAAUGAUUGAGAAUAAAACAAUGGAAGACGCUCCAAAGCACUAAGUCUGACAAAGUUUCAUGCAAGUUAGGGUAAGUUUAACACAAUAUAAGGACAAUAAUCUCCAUCAAGCUUCAGUCACCUCAGUAUCACAAGAGACUAGCAGAUAAUUUAACAAAUCGGCUCACCACAAGCAACAUCGGGUAAGAUAAUGUCAAACAAUGUUACCGCCUUAUCUUUGUGAUAAUUCAUGUCAUAGGCGAAUUACAAAUAAAUCUACUGAUUUGAUUUAAUCGCUGUGAUUGUUUUCCUUAUAAAUAUUACAAGGAAAGGUGUCACAGUAACAGUUGUCAAACAGCAACCAUGCGUCUCUUUCUCGCUUUACUGGCUCUGGGCUUCGCAGCCGUAGCGGCUGUCCCAGCAAACCCUCAGAGGAUCGUGGGUGGUUCUACUACUACUAUUGAUCAGUAUCCCACGAUUGUUGCUAUGCUGUACUCCUGGGAUGGAAACAGUUUCUACCAAAAUUGCGGUGGUACCAUUCUUAAUAACAGAAGUAUCCUCACUGCUGGUCACUGCGCCUACAACGAACCAGUCAAUAGAUGGCGUGUACGAAUUGGUUCGACUUUUGCGAACAGCGGUGGCAUCGUUCACAACUUCAACCGCUCCAGGGUCUACCCUAACUACAACCCAAGAACUCUUAAUAACGACAUCGCCAUUAUGCAGACCGCCACCACAAUUGCCUUCAACAACGUCGCACAACCCGCAAGAAUUGCUGGCCCCAACUACAUCGUCCGUGACAAUGAAGUUUUAUGGGCCGCCGGAUGGGGUGCCAUCGAGUACAAAGGUCCUGGAUCGGAACAGCUGCGCCACGUCCAGCUCUGGAAUGUGAAAAUGGUCACGUGCAGGGCUCGCUACGCCACUAUUGGUGUCAUUCUCUCCGACAGCAUGAUGUGCUCCGGCUGGCUCGACGUCGGCGGUCGCGACCAGUGCCAGGGUGACUCCGGCGGUCCUCUCUACCACAACGGUGUCGUCGUUGGAGUGUGCUCCUGGGGACACAAAUGCGCUACGCCCAACUUUCCUGGUAUUAACGCCCGUGUCGCACGUUUCUCUAACUGGAUCACCAACAACGCUUAAAUGUUCUGGUCGAAAUGUAAUUAAAAAAUAUCGUCUACUACAAAA